AAUACAAGAGAAUAACCGCAGUUUCACUUCCGUCAACAAACAGGACACCUUCAGCACGUUCGAGUUUGUGUAGUUUCAUAAUACGAUGAUAACGCUCCAGCUUUUCCUCUCUAUCCUGUCACAUGAGUUAGUUUAGACCUCCCUUUACCAGAGACAUGACCUGCAUGAUAAAAAUCUUGUCUAGAAAAACUCGGCUGCUCGGUGGAACUGUCACGUCCUGCAGAAGUUUCCACGCUGAAAUAGUAAGACUGCAAAUCAACACACAGAGCGACACAAAGUAAUGGUUCAGAGCUGACUUCACCGUGAUCAUUCAUGUCCACCUCACAGGUAAGACCUGACUCCAGAGGACUUCCCAUCGUUCAUCAUAGGAAGUAUGUGUGUGACCUUCCGCCGAACCACAGGUUCCCCAUGGGAAAGUUUCCCCGAGUUUUACAGAGUUUACUCCAAGACCAGGUGAUCACAGAGACUCAGGUGAGGCACUCUUUACUGAGAUCAAAUAGUUCGUUUAUCUAAGAAAUACAUGUAAAAAUCCAACUGAGAUGAAAUGUGGUUAGACUGAAGCAACAUUUGCAAUAAUUUCACUCCUUGAUUAAAUCAUGUCAAAGUUUUCAGAUGUCAACAAAUUGAAUUGAAAUUGACUUUUAAAUAUCUGGACCACUUGUCUUUUAAUAAUAAUAAUGAUAAUAAUAAUUUCUCUUUUGAUUGUAAUUCACUGCAAAGUACAUGAUCUCUUCUGCACAUUUAACUCAUAAUUUUAAAUAUUAUGAUUAAAAUGAUCAUUGCAGUGGACCUAAUAGAAGUAAUCUCCUCAUUUGUCCCUGUGGAUUCACCUGUCCUUUCUUACAGUAGGUUUGGGUUCCUGAAAUAGCCUCUAAAGACUUACUCGGCUGUGUGCACACUGAAGAAUACUUGAACAACUUCAUAAGCGGGAAAAUAAAUGAGCAGGAACAGAGGAGGACGGGUUUCCCCUGGAGUGAGGGUAUUGUGAGACGCUGUCGGUAUGAAACAGGUGAGAGAACAAUGGAAGUCUCCGGAUGAUUUCACAGCUGACUGGGCUGGAAAGAUCACUCUAAACCCCUCAUUCCUCUUGUUGUCAGGUGGGACCGUGCUCGCGGCUGAAGUGGCUCUGCAGAGGGGUUUGGCCUGCAGCACGGCGGGAGGAACACAUCAUGCUUUCCCGAGCUUCGGCUCAGGAUUUUGCCUCCUCAAUGAUUUAGCAGUUGCAGCUAAACUCCUGAUGGACAACUCCUCGCCCAAGAGGAAGGUUCUUGUUGUGGAUCUAGAUGUGCAUCAGGUAGUGAUAGCUUGUUUUUCUUUUUAUGACACUGUGUAGUUGUAGAAAUGCCCUGUGUUUGUUAAUAAUGAAACUCCUGUUUGUUUUAUUCAACAGGGUGACGGCACUGCUUUCAUUUUUAAAGAGGAGCCAUGUGUGUUUACAUUCUCAGUGCAUUGUGGGAAAAACUUCCCCCUCCGGAAACAACAGAGUGACUUAGACGUCAGCUUGGAGGACGGACUGGAAGACAAGCAGUACCUCUCCACAGGCAAGUUUUCGAAUCCUGUAUUAAGAUGUAAAUAAUGCUGCAUACUGCUUACUAAAUUUGUCAAAGAGUUUUCAGCUAAAUCAAAAUCUGGAUGUCUGACGGUGUUCCCUCAGUUGAAGCCCACCUACCCUCGCUGCUUGAGACUUUCCGUCCAGACCUCGUCCUGUACGAUGCCGGGGUCGACCCUCAUCAUGAAGAUGAGCUCGGGAGGCUUCGUCUGACUGACCAAGGUGAGUAAAAACUUUGACGUACAGUAUCGUCCCCUCCAUCAUUUCUGGAUUUCUAACACUGACUGUGGAUGUCCAUCAGGGCUGUAUCAGAGAGAUCUGUACGUGUUGAAGACUGUGGUGAGCAGAGGUGUUCCUGUCGCUGCUGUUAUUGGAGGAGGUUACCUCAGAGACAUUGACAAACUGGCUGUAAGGCACUCUAUCGUCCACAGAGCAGCAACUCAGGUACAGUGCAGGUGAUUGCUUGACUAAAUGCUGUUUAACGACCUUUUUUCUAUCAUGCUUUGAUAUUAUUUAAUGUUCUUUUUAUUGCAGGUUUGGAAGGAGUGUGGGAUGUAAAACUUCUAUCCACUAAAGGACCCUCUAAACAUAACUGGUACUUAAUUUUCAGCUGCUAAUAUGACUAGUGAUGUUAUAGGAUGAAUAAACUGUGCAUAUCAUCUGUACUGUAUAUUUAUAUGCUGUAUAUACAAGUUUUUUAUGUUGGCACUCCGCACUCACGCAGAUAUCUGUCUAUGAAGAUCAAUAAAAUAAAUAAAAGAAGCAGUAUUUCAUUUCAGCUAA